AUGGCACCAAAAGUGAAGAAGGAAGCUUCUGCCCCUCCCAAAGCCGAAGCCAAAGUGAAGGCCCUGAAAACCAAGAAGUCAGUGCCGAAAGGUGUCCACAGCCACAAAAAGAAGAUCCGCACAUCACCCACCUUGUGGUGGCCCAAGACCCUGUGGCUCCGGAGGCAGCCCAAAUACCCUCGAAAGAGUGCACCCAGGAGAAACGAGCAUGGCUAUUAUCAUCAAAUUCCCCCUGACCACCGAGUCAGCCAUGGAGAAAAUAGUGGACAACAACACACUGUGUUCACUGUGGAUGUCGAAGCCAACAAGCACCAGAUCAAACCAGCCGUGAGGAAACUCUGCGACAUUGAUGCAGCCAAAGUCAGUAUCCUGUAA